UAUCUUGCCCUCGAGAACCCUCCCGGUGGGCCCACCUCGGGAUCCUUAUCCUCCGCCGGGACCGCCCAUCGCCCGGUCGCCGUCCGAUCCGAUCACGACGGCGCGCGUCGCGCCUGUCGCGCUAUAAAACCGCGGGGUAGGGCACCAAUCCUUUCCCGUGCUCUCUCAGAGGUGGGUUGGCUACUCCUCCCCCUCUUACCAAGUCUUCGGCUUUAGGGUUUUUCAGUGGGAGAAGAAGGGAGAUGGCGGCGGCGGACGUGGAGUACCGUUGCUUCGUCGGCGGCCUCGCAUGGGCCACCGACAGCGAGUCCCUCCAGCUUGCCUUCGCCUCCUACGGCGACGUUGUCGACUCCAAGGUCAUCACCGACCGGGAGACUGGGAGGUCCCGCGGGUUCGGCUUCGUCACCUUCUCCACUGAGCAGUCGAUGCUCGAAGCCAUCGAGAACAUGAACGGCAAGGAGCUCGACGGCCGCAACAUCACCGUCAACCAGGCCCAGUCCCGCGGCGGCGGCGGCGGUGGCUACGGCGGCGGCGGUCGCCAGGGCGGCUACGGUGGCGGCGGCGGCUACGGCGGCGGCGGUCGCCAGGGCGGCUACGGCGGCGGCGGCGGCGGCGGCUACCGCAGCCGCGACGGCGGCUACGGCGGCGGUGGCGGCUACGGCGGCAGCCGCGGCGAAUCUGGUGGCAACUGGAGGAACUGACGGAGUGGGCCCUCCCGUGCAGGCAGCAGCCAAGUUAUCCUAGCUAUCUAUUAGCAUCGUGUUACCGUUCGAGAUCCCGAGUUUAGUGUCCCGUGUUACCGUUCUAUUAGGUGUUGGUUCCCCAUGUUUACCGUUCCCAAGUUGUUUCCGCAAUGAAAAGAAAUGAGAAGAAAAGAGUGAGCAAGGUUUUUGUUCGCAUA